AUGAAAGAAUUAACAACACCAGGUUUGUUAUCACAAAACCAGAAACCAGAAAAAGAAGAAGAGAAAGAAGAGAAAAAAGAGAAAAAAGAAGAGCAGCAAGAAGAGACAAAGGGAGAUGUUGAAAAAGCAGAAAAAGAACAAGAACAAGAACAAGAACAAGAGGAAGAGGAAGAAAAGGAGAAUGAAGAAGAGGUUAAGAUACUACAACGACGGAUGUUAUUUCUCCCUCAGGGUGGCAGUGAUGAUGAAGGUUGUGGGUGCUCUCAAUACGGCUGUGGUUCUUUAGACGGUAACUGCGGCAGCGGAGAAGAAGAAGAAGAUAGCCAGACAGAUGAAGAUAGUGAGUGGUGUUUCGUGCUAGGAAGCUCGCAGGCGACGGGAGCUGCAGCACAUGAGUACUCGUGA